AGAUGGAUGCUGUUGCACAUUGGUUUGAAGGAGAAGUCGACCCAGCAUUGGAGGAAGAAUUCCAGUUUGAAACCUGUCUCGACCUUGAACUCCAUCCCUUGAAGGACGAAGCAAAAAAAUUGUCUCAAAUUGCUGCCCAACGUGAUUGGAACGAAGUUCGUGAGAUAUGUGAAGAAAACUGGCUUUUAGAUGUCCAGAUUACCAAGUUAGGAGGCACAGUACUCCACAUAGCAGCCUACUAUAAGCAAGAAAAUAUUUUUGAACUUCUUCGACACCAAUUAGUUCCGGGGAGUCUUCUCGCAACAUAUUGUUUAACAAAGAAAGACAGUAAAGGAAAUACCCCUCUCCACUACGCAGCAUCGGUAGGGAGUGAGAGGAUGUGUUACCACAUCAUCAAUAUGACAGCGCCAAUAACGGUACUAAAUGUUCGUAACCAUGAAGGUGAGACCCCUCUCUUCUUAGCAGCACUUCAUGGUCACAAAGACGCUUUCCUUUACCUCAAUCGUGUAUGCGGCCCUGGAAAAGACUACUGUAUAAGAAGAAAUGGUGACACCAUUCUUCACUGUGCCAUCUCUGAAGAACACUAUGAAUUGUCCCUAAUUAUACUUCACCGGUAUAAAGAACUUGUAAACCUUGGUAAUAAGAAAGGCAUGACCCCUCUCCAUCUUCUCGCAAGUAAGCCUUCUGCAUUCAAAAGUAGCAGCGAUCUUCGAUGGUUUGGAAAUAUCAUUUACCACUCGUUUGUCAUAGCAGACGAAAAGGAAUUAAUUUGGCAAGCAGAUGCAGAGAACUUUGCAGGACAAGUUACAGACGGAGGACGCCCAUCAUCUGACGAACCUCCAAUUCAGCGUCCGCUUAAUUACAGAACCUGCUUUGACUUAGUAAAUCUUGUUUACAAGGCAGUGUCAUCUCUAUGUGGAUUAAAUUACCCAUGGAGGGAAGGUGAUAUAGAGAACCCAUUACCCAUUCGAAGGCCUCAGAUAUUACAAGCUCCACCUAAUUACGCAACCUGCUUUUCGUUUGUAAAACUUGUCUUGAAGGCAGUGCUAUUUGUACUCGAUAGAGAAAAAAAAGAGGAACACAUUGAUCCGCCUCCAGAUGUAAUACUAUUUGCAGCAAAGAAUGGAAUUAUCGAAAUGGUUGAGGAAAUCCUUGAAAUUUAUCCUGUGGCCUGCAAUGAGGUGGAUGAAAAACAGAAAAACAUUGUGCUAUUGACAGUGGAAUAUAAACAACCUCAUAUUUAUGAGCUCCUACUCUCACUCAAGGAGCGGGACUUGUUAGAAGCCAGCUUAUUUCAUGAAGUGGAUUGUGACGGUAAUUCUGUAUUGCAUCUUGCUGCGAGGAAAGAAGAAAAUUAUAAUUGGCCAGUUCCAGGAUACGCAUCCCAAAUGCAAUGGGAAAUCAGAUGGUAUGAGUACAUACAGAACUCGAUAGAUAGAAGCAUCCUUCGUCGCCUCAACAAGAGUGGCCAAACCUCAGAGGAGAUCUUCACUGAAAGCCACAAGGAUCUUCUUAUAAAGGGCGGCGAGUGGCUAACCAGCACAUCAAAUGUAGGCAUGGUUGUAGAAGGUAUCUUGGUCACGGUUACCUUGACCAUGUCAACCACAGUGCUUGAUAGUGCCAAAGAAGGAAACAAACACAGGAAGCCAUCCAAACUUUUCACCGGCUCAUCAUUUGUCUCCUUCUGCACUUCACUCUUAGCAGUGGUCAUGUUCCUUUCAAUUGCUACAUCAAGGUACAGAAGAAGUGAUUUCCGCUUUUCCUUACUAGGAAAGCUUUUGGUCGGUUUAACAGCAUUGUACUCGUCUGUAGUUUCUACCUUGAUAUCUUUCGCUAGCGGAUUCUUUUUCAUCUUUCGGGAUCAACUGCUAUCUGCAGCUUCCUCGUAUGUGCUGGCCUGCCUUCUGCUUAUAAUAUUCUUUUCUCUCACCCAAUUUUCGCUAUACUUCCAUUUGGUGUGGGCAACCUUCAAGAAGGUGCCAAAACGUAUUACAGAGUGA